AUGGUCCGAGAGGUCGAGGCUUCAAUUCCAGAGCGUGAAUUUUUAUUGGAUGCGCUUCGAGAGGGCCUUCGCUUGGACGGAAGGGCUACGUUUGAACAACGUCCCAUCUCUCUAUUGAUAUCAGAGGAUGGGGAUUCUGUGGAAUGUUCUCUGGGUCGGACUAGAGUCUCUGCUCAUGUAUCAGCUACCAUAACAAGGCCGAGACCAGAUAGACCUUUCGAAGGCCUUCUUCAAGUUUCUGCAGAAAUCAAUCCUCUAGCUAGCUUCGUUUACGAGAUCGGUCGCGCGUCAGAAGACGAAGUUCACCUCUCUCGCUUACUGGACAAAACAUUGGUCCGAAGUGGCGUGAUUGAUCGAGAAGCUCUGUGUAUUCUCGCGGGUCAGAAGGUAUGGUGUAUCAGAGUUGACCUUCAUUUUCUAAAUGACGAGGGCAAUAUGCUAGAUUGUGCAUCGGUCGCAGCUAUUGCUGCUCUUCAGAAUUUUCGACGGCCAGAUAUCACAUUGGUCGGCGAAGAAAUCACAGUGCACUCCUUCGAUGAGCGUCUACCUAUCCCAUUGACACUGCAUCAUCUACCCAUAUGUCUCACCUUCGCAUUCUUCGAGCUACCAGCCUCAUAUAUACUGCUCGACCCUUCUCGGCUCGAACAACAACUCUCGACCGGGACUAUGACCUUAACUCUGAAUGCUCAGCGGGAAAUUUGUGUGAUCAAUAAGUCUGGCGGAAUGCCAUCUGACGUUGAGGAGAUCAUGAGAGUGGUCCGGAUAGGUAGUCGUAGGGUACAAGAAGUGGAUGCACUGAUCAAGGAACAAAUCUCUAAAAAGCAUCCUGCCCUUGGCUUAGCUGCUGUACAAGAUCGGUAA